AGUGCAAUAGUCGCUGUUGCCUGUGCUACCCACCGGAUCCGGUUUAGCUGCCUGCUCCGUUGUGGACGUGCGGAUAUCCACCUCUUUCUGCUGCCACACUUUUGGGAUUUUAAUCAUGCAUCCGAGUCCGGUGGAUCUGUGCUGAACACACAAAUCAUCUCUUCCGUCGAAUGUCACCCGUCUGUAAUUGGAUGGUGGGUGUGAGGAGGAGUGUGUGUCCCAUGUUGCACUAGGAGUGUGAGUGUGUGUGUGAGAUGCUGGCCUGUUUGCCAGGGCCAGGUGACCUCUCCCUCCAGCUUCUUCCCCACUCGCAGAUGAACACUGGACUUCAGAAAUGGGACACUACACAGAGGAUGAGAUCAGCCCAGUAUCCGACACCUGCGGAGCUGGACGCUUAUGCUAAGAAGGUGGCCAACAGCCCGCUGACCAUUAAAAUCUUUCCUAACAGCGUCAAGGUCCCACAGCGCAACCACGUGCGGCGCACUGUCAACGGAUUAGACGCGGGUGGUGCACGCUACAGUCCCUAUCCCCCUUCACAGUCUGCGGCCAAGGCCGGCCUCCUGGCCAUCGUCAAGGCACCCAUCACCAAGGGCAUCAUCAAAGACUUCACCGGUACACGCGUGACGAUGAGCGCCCCUGGAAGUGGGUAUGGCCCGGCACCAAGCACUUUAACCCUUCAGCAUGCACCACAGCCGCUUCAAAGACCCCCACAACAUCAGCAAGGCCUCCCACAACAUAGUCAGAGUCUCCAGCCCCUCCAGCAGCAACCGCAACACCAGGGACUUGGGCAUCACGCGCCUUCAGCAAUGCCCCAGCACCCACAGGGCAUGGGCAGGACACAGCCUCUUUCCCACCCUCCUCCUCUUGGUCACCCAGGUCCACAGCCUCCUCCUGCUCUCCUGCUGCAACAACAGCAGCAACAGCAGCAACACCUCCAACAGCCUCCUCCGGGCCUGCAGGGUGGCACUAGAAAACUCACGGAUGCCGAUGCCCCUCCCAAUGUGACUGUUUCUACCUCAACCAUUCCUCUCUCAAUGGCUGGCACCUUGCACCAGGGCCGCCAAGCUGAUCUGAGCACCAUUGUGCACCAGAUUAACCAGUUCUGCCAGGCUCGGGCCCAGGGCGCCGGGGCCACAUCCAUGUGUGAGGGCCAAAUCGCUAACCCAAGCCCCAUCAGCCGCAACUUGCUCAUCAAUGCCAGCUCCCGGGUGGCCAUGCACAGUGGGCAUUCCAGUGCUGUUCCUCCAGGCCUUGGACACUCUUGCACCAUUGGAGCACCAGAUAAAUCAGUAGGUGCUGGAGUGCCGCUGCACAACAUGGGUGCCAUAAACAGGAUGGCUGUAUAUCACAAUGAUUUGAAGCAGCAGCAGCAUCUGCAGCACCAACAGAACCCACAACAGCAUCCAAUUUGCCACCAACAGCAUCAGCAGAUGAUGUCAUGGAACCAGCAUCAGCUCGCCCACCUGCAGCAUGUAUCAGAUGGGGCCGGGCACCCUUGCAAAACCGCUUCUCGGGACCCAGGCUUCCCUUGUAAAGGCAUGAACUACCCACCUGAGCUGUGUGUAGGGCAGCCUUACACCCUCAAACCUCCCAUGGAUAAGCCAACGCCUUCACCUCCAGUUGUCAACAACAACAACAACAUGCCACCUGGCACCGUUGCGCACUACGCCAAUGGCCAGUACUACCACCAGGUGCCUGUGUGGGGUAGUAUUCUCCCAACACCCAACAGCGACAGUUCAGGCUCACAGGAGUUGCCUGCACCCUUCCACGGUCCGACAGGCAAUGGAACGGGCGGUACCAACCCCACCCCCGGGGUGGACUGUGCCCCCACGGGAGGAACGGCGCAUUACCGACCGGCAGGAGUGGCAGGGGGAGCCGCAGUGGGGCAGACUAAUCUGAUGCAAACGGCAGAUUACAUGGGAGGGGACUUCCAGACGCCCUGCUUCCGAGAUCAAAAUCUGGGCCUGAUGGGGAAGAUGCCCAGGCCUCCCCCCAUGGCCCAUGGCCAGCACCCAGGGUACAGAUAAGCUCCGACGCAGGCUCUGCUCACCACCUCUGUCCAUUUGUCCAGAUAGCCACACAAAAUCAUCUACUCUGCUCUCUGUCUUAAAAUUACUUAAUAGAAGGAAAAGCAUUACACCAAUUCACGUUAACAAUUCAGACAGCAAACAGAAAGUGAUCACUGAAAACUGAGAAACAUUUUUUUUUUUUUUAAAAAAAGCAGUGUUUUCACUAUUUUUUUCCUUUAAAUCAUCAUUCUUGCAAGUGAUCAAUUUUUUUUUUUUUUUACGGAUAAAGCCCAUUUUCUUUUGGUUAUCACUUUGUUUUCCCCAGAUCACUGUGUGAUACGUCUUCUAGGCAUAGAAAUACAGUCUGAAAGAUGAAAUGAUGUCCUUCAAACAUCAUGAAUGACCAACACCCUUUCUUGCCAGGGUUUUUUGGUUCCAUUGCAAGUUGAAUAACCUCACUAAUGCACUGUUCAGGAAGAUUCUUUUUUCUUUUUCUGGAUCUGCCCAGUUUCUGCUCGGCGUCUCGAGAUUUCUCACUAAAUUGUUCGAGACGAUAUAGAUCUUGCUCAGAGGGCUGCAUCCUCUUCUCUACAUUUAACUUAUGGAUCUGUGAAUGGGAUGCUAGUUUGUAAUUGACAACAUGAUUUAGACAGGAUAAUAUAUAUAUAUAUAUCACAGAAGUUCUAUCAGUCGCAUAUCAGGCCGCUCGGUGUGGCUGGGCUUAAAAUGACAGAAGCGUCAUUUAUGUAUCAAUUACAGUCAAAAGUGCUGUGACAAAUCAGGUGGCUUAACUGAUGUCUUAACUCAUUUAAAUUUAAUGAAGUAGGCAGCAUGAUUGUGGAGUUCUAUUUUCUUAAGAAGCCAAAAUGUGGGCUUGAACUAAAAGGAGAAGAAAACGAAAACCUGCAAGAAGAUUAUUGAGCUUCAGAAAAAAAAAAAGGGGUGCCACUGUACUUCUGCUUCAUUUUCUUAAGAUAUGAAAACGUACUUGAAUCCUAGAAGAGGGGGCUGUUCUCUCGCUAGACGGUUUGUAAUGAAGUUAGCAGGACUAAACUUACUACUGGAGAAGAUUGUGUAUCGUGGAUUGUUACUAAUAUCCUUUAGAGACUAACUACAAACCAAAUUAAGACGAUUUGAUCCUACAUUUUUUCCUCACGUUAUCUGUUUGAAAUAACUUCAGUUUAGGAGUUGCUACUGAUGCUCUAAUGACAUGUGCUUGAAUAGACCAAAUUGAUCACUUGCAAGAUCGCUUGUGGGUAAAUCAAGGAGGACUUUUAAAGUCAAAAGGUGAAACAGCAGAUGAAUUAUUUUAUUGUACACUGGCUAAUCUGCUAUACUACUGUAACUUUUAAGAAGUGUAAUGACUGUGUGAAUGUUGGAUGGUUUGCGUGGGGAUGGUUUUAGUGGGUGAGCGAGUGUGAGUGAGUAACGUGUGUGUGUGUGUGUGUGUGUCGGUUGGUGGAUUCACCAUCACCCACUCUCUGCUUGCCUCCCUCUGGAACAGCCCUUAUAAAGCCUUAAGUAUUUGGUCCUUGGACUUUCCUUUGAAAACAAGCAUGGUUAUUAUGAAACCUAUAAUAUUGAUAAUUAUGAAAAACGACUUCAAAAAGACUAUAAAGGAACAGCAAUUUUUUCCUUGUUUAUUUUUAUUAACUAAAGCUUUUGUUGAAUAGAAAAGCAAUUCCUUAGGAUUACUUUGCAACAAAAAGAAAAAAGAAUAAUAUUUUAUUGUAAUUAUGUUUUAUAGCUAUGUGUAGGUCUGGGCUGUAACAAAAAAAAAAAACAAAAAAAAAAAAAAUCUUUUUAUUCCAAGUUUCAAAGCUUCAGUUUUGCAAUUUGUGACUAUUUAUAAUUAUAAACUUGAUUUUUUUUUUUUUUUUUUUUUUCCUUAUUUAAUUUUUUUUUUUUUUGGGUUUGAUUUAUUUUAUUUUUAUUUUUAUUUUUUUGCUAUAGCUGUGAAAUGAAGAGUCUAGAAGACUUUCUCAUAUCCGUCACUCUGUGGCUGUUGAGUGAAUGAGCGAAGACUACAGAGUGUGUGUGGAGAGUUGUGC